CAAUGGUUCUUCGGCGAGACAUUCUAUGGAAUUCGACUCGAUUAAAAAUACCUCAAUGGAACCUUAUUUAUCUUCGGAAUCAAAGCAAUCUAUAGCCGAAACUUUACAUGUUGAAGAACACCGUAAAAAAGUCGAUACUGAUGAAAAUGUAAAUAAUAAUAAAAUUAUGGACUAUAGUUCUGAAUCUGAAGAGGAUGACGAUGAACCAGAAGAUUAUGUUGACGAAACAAUUAAAGUCGAUCUUGAAAUUCUUCCUCCAAAUUUAAGAGAACUAUAUAAAAAAGAUAAUAGUCGAUAUGUGGAAUUGAAUAUCAGAUCAAAUGAUGAUUUCAGGUUUAAUAAAUUUGUUCGUCGUAAAAGUAAGACUGAAUUCGAAUUGGAUAACACUUUAUACGACCUUCGGAUAUCUCUUGUUGGAGAUGCUCCUCAUACUCAGAAGAGAAUUAAUCAGCAAGAAACAUCUAUGUUGAUUGCGCGAUGUGAUGAGUAUAUUGAAGAAGCAACAAAAUUGUUAGAGACGCACAAGGAAAUUAUAUCAAAUGGAGAAGAAUUUAUCGUUAAAAAUAAUUAUCGAUCAUCUUCGUCACAAAGUCAAAACCCUUUAAAUACUGAAGGCCAUCACACACCUAUAGCAAGAGUGUAUGAAUUGAAAAAGAAUAUUGAUGAGAAAACAAAAUCCUUGAAUAGUUCACUAGCCAAUAUUGAAAAUACGGUAAAUCAAUUAAAAACUCAACAUGAUAGUAUUUCUGAAGAAAUGAAAACUAUGUUUGAGAAGUUUGAAGAGAUGACACUCGCUGUGAAUCAUGAUUACUUUCAUGAGCUAAAAAUUCUUGAAGAUAAUAUUCACGGUUUAGUUUCAGAAAGUGGAAAAUCUCCUUGGUUAGAUAUAUUUUACCUAAUGAUGUCUUAUGUGCUUGCUG